AUGAGGCGCCUGGGUUCAGUACAGCGGAAAAUGCCGUGUGUAUUUGUGACGGAGGUGAAAGAGGAGCCCUCCGCCAAAAGAGAACAUCAGCCAUUUAAAGUUUUGGCAACUGAAACUAUAAAUCACAAGGCAUUAGCUGCGGAUAUAUACAGUGCAAUUCCAACAGAAAAAGUGGAUGGGACAUGUUGUUACAUUACUGCCUACAAAGGUCAGCCAUACCUUUGGGCUCGGCUUGAUAGAAAACCCAACAAACAAGCUGAGAAAAGAUUUAAAAAAUUUCUACAUUCAAAGGAAUAUUCAAAAGAAUUUUUUUGGAAUGUUGAGGAAGACUUCAAACCUGUUCCAGAGUGCUGGGUACCAGCGAAGGAAAUUGACCAGUUAAAUGGGAAACCAGUUCCUGAUGAAAACGGCCACAUUCCUGGCUGGGUACCAGUAGACAAAAACAACAAACAGUAUUGCUGGCACUCCUCUGUAGUAAAUUACGAAUUUGAAAUCGCUCUGGUAUUGAAGCAUCAUCCUGAUGAUCCUGGACUUUUGGAAAUUAGUGCAGUACCACUAUCAGAUCUGUUAGAACAAACAUUGGAGCUUAUAGGAACAAAUAUCAAUGGAAACCCAUAUGGGUUAGGAAGCAAGAAGCAUCCAUUACAUCUUCUUAUUCCACAUGGAGCAUUUCAAGUUAGAAAUCUGCCUACACUGAAGCACAAUGAUUUGUUGUCCUGGUUUGAAGGUUGCAGUGAAGGUAAAAUUGAAGGAAUUGUAUGGCAUUGCAACGAUGGCUGUUUAAUCAAGGUACAUCGCCAUCACCUUGGUUUACAUUGGCCAAUUCCAGACACUUACAUGAAUUCAAAACCAGUUGUUAUUAAUAUGGACCUAAACAAAUAUGACUAUGUCUUUGAUUCUAAAUGCUUGUUUAGUUAUUUUUCAAAAAUAAAUCAUCAGAAAUUUGGUAGGCUUAAAGAUAUAAUGCUUGAUGUUUAA